CUGUUGGAAGAAUUAAAACCCUAAACCCUGAAGUUGUAUGAUAUCGGGGCUGUAAAAGAAGUUGUCUGUCUGUGACGGUGAUUUGGGUGGAAGAUGAGAGGGCUGAACAGAGCAGUGCUUCUAAGCAGAGCCCUUAGAAGCAAUUUCACCGCCGUGUCUAGUGCUACUGCCACCCUUCAACGAGCGGUUCCCCAUGGCACGAUCACCGUGAGAGGCAACAAUCCUUCUGUGAAUGGGUUUAGAUACGUUUCGUCUUCUUCCACUUCUCUGGCUUAUGAUGCCCAGACCAAGGCCUUCAACCCCAAAGAACUUGUCCUAUUUCAGUACCAGGCCUGUCCAUUCUGCAAUAAGGUUGCAGCGUUUCUGGACUAUUACGAUAUUCCGUUCAAAGUUGUUGAGGUGAAUCCCAUCAACAAGAAGGAGAUCAAAUGGUCCGACUACAAGAAAGUGCCCAUCCUCACUGUUGACGGUGAACAGAUGGUUGAUUCUUCAGACAUAAUUGAUAAGUUGAUCAAGAGGAUACAUCCAGAUUAUGAUCUAAAUGCUGAAGAAGAGAAGAAGUGGCGAGAGUGGGUGGAUAAUCACUUGGUGCAUGUCUUGUCACCAAAUAUAUAUCGAAAUGUUCCUGAAGCUCUUGAAUCAUUUGAUUAUAUCACCACCCAAGGAAAUUUCAGUUUUUCUGAGAGGUUAGUGGCAAAGUAUGGUGGGGCUGCAGCUAUGUAUUUUGUGUCAAAGAAAUUGAAGAAGAAACACAACAUCACCGAUGAGCGAGCAGCACUGUAUGGAGCUGCCGAACAAUGGGUUGAUGCUUUGAACGGCCGUAAAUUUCUUGGUGGGUUGUAUCCUAAUUUAGCAGAUCUUGCUGUGUUUGGUGUUCUGAGACCCAUCCGCCAUCUCCAGUCAGGUAGAGAUAUGGUAGAGCACACCAGGAUUGGGAAAUGGUUUUCUGAAAUGGAUCGUGCAGUAGGACAGUCUUCUAGGGUGAGUGAGCACAGCUAGAAAAACUGGAGGAGUAAGUUUUCAGUCAAUGAAUUGGUUAAGCAAUCCCAUACGAAGAAAUGAAAUUAGUUUUAUUUUACUGAGUUUGUUGAGUGUUAGUAAACACGACAAACACUUAUAAUUCAUCCUGUGGGUGUAGUGAUGUGUGAUCACAUGCUAUUCUGGUAAAUCCGGGUAUAUGUAUACAAUAAAUGUUUAUUUGACGCUGCGGCAAGCGCAACAAUAUCUCUUUUUGCUU